AUGGUACCCCGUCCAUACCACGUCCUGCCUGGUCGAACAGCCGACGUGGCCAUCCUCGCCGUCGCCGCGUGCCUGUCACUAUAUCUCUAUAUCCGCCCUGCUCUCAGAGACAGGCCCGUGCAACGCAAAUUUGUGACGUCUGGGGCUCGGGAGUCGUCAACGCAGGCCGCAAGCCAUCCCCAAACGGUCGAUGGGCUGCCGUAUGCGCCGGACGUCUUCCCCGGCGGCCGUGAGGUCGAGAGUGAAUACGGCACCAUCAAAGUCUUUGAGUGGGGUCCCGAGGCCGGCGAGAAAGUGCUUCUGAUGCACGGCAUCGGAACUCCGUGCAUUGCCUUGGGGGACAUGGCCAAGGAGUUUGUCAGGAGGGGAUGUAGGGUCAUGCUCUUUGGUGAGUCGCUGCCCCCGAAUUACCUUUCCCUCUACCUCCCUACCUACCUCCCUACCAGUCUGCUCUCGAAGCUUGCCCUGGCCGUCUUCUCUCUACACUGGCUGCCCAGACCGGUAUCCGAGACUGCCCCCCCCCCCCCCCCGGAAGGAUGGCUGCUAAUGCGAGCAGACUUCUUUGGCCGCGGCUAUUCAGACGCCCCCGUCGACCUUCCGUACGAUGAACGCCUCUACACCUCCCAGAUCCUCCUCGUCCUCGCCUCCUCCGGCCUUUCGUGGACCGGCUCCUCGGCCUUCCACCUCGUCGGGUACUCCCUCGGCGGCGCCCUCGCCGCCUCCUUCGCCGCCUACCAUGCAAACAUUCUUCGCUCCCUCACCCUCGUCUGCCCGGGAGGGCUGGUUCGCUCGUCGCACGUUGGCCUGCUGAGCAGGUUGCUCUACUCGGGUCGUCUCUUGCCGAACUGCCUCACCAUGGCUCUCGUCCGUCGUAGGCUGGACCCCAAGAGAGGGUCCAACGCCGAUGUGCCCGAGGGCGACGACGCCGACGUCGACGUCGACUUUGACCAAGUCUCGAUUUCCUGCGAGAACCCCGCCGUCAAGGUUGGCCACGUCGUCCGGUGGCAGCUGGCCGAGAAUGAAGGCUUCGCCGAGGCGUACCUGAGCACCGUGCGGAACGCGCCCAUUUACGGCCAGCACGACGGCCCGUGGCGGCGGCUCGCCGAGCAGCUGUCGAGCCGGCGACGCGCUCGAGCCGGCGCCGAAACCCCUGCUGGCUUGGAAGCGGGCCGAAUCUGCCUCAUCCUCGCGGAAAACGACCCCAUCGUCGUGGCCGAGGAGUGGAUCGAAGACGCCCGCAAGGUCCUCGGCGAGGACGGCGUCGUGGCCCACGUGCUGAAGGGGGGCCACGAGAUUGCCAUUUCCAGAGGACGAGACGUGGCGGAUGUUGCCUUUGCGGCGUGGAACGGCAAGGACGAGUCUCGCCUGUAG